GUGUGAUGAGCAGGACUUCUUAACAACUGUUUAAUUUACAUGUGCUUUUGUUUUAUUACAUUCAUGGUGACAAGUGGCUGAAUAUGUAAUUGAUUGGAAAGGUGAAUAUGGAAUAUUGCGGUGAUGUACGAAGUUAUGACUGUUGAACAAUAAAAAAGUUGAAUUACCAAAAAAAAGAAAUAAAUACAUAAUAGUGCUUCCUCUCCCUUUGUGUUCCACAUGGGGUUGAAAGGAAAUGUGAGAGUAAAUGAUACAAUUUAAAUUUUAGGGUGAACUAUCCCUUUAAAUGUUCAGCUAGUCAGUGCAUUGGUUUGAUCUGGUUCCUCCAUGGCUUUAUUGGUAUUUCGUCAGUUGUUUUUGUUGUGUUUGCAGGGGUGUUUCUUUUCAAGGCACCAUCAUUGGUCUGGCUCCCCUUAAAGCCAUGUGUUCUGAAUACCAGUCUGGUGGAGUCAAUUCGGACCACUCUGACAGUGCUGUGGGGGUCGCUGCCACCAUGGCUCAUGAGAUGGGGCAUAACUUUGGGAUGAGCCACGAUAGUCCAGGCUGCUGUCUCGCUCAGCCUGAGAAUGGAGGCUGCAUUAUGGCUGCUGCCACAGGGGAUCCGUUUCCUCGUGUCUUCAACCCUUGCAAUCAGAAAGAGCUGAAGCACUACCUGAGCUCCGGCGGGGGGAAGUGCUUGUUCAACCCUCCCAACACCAGGGUCAUGUACAGGGGCCAGCGCUGUGGAAACGGAUACCUGGAGGAAGGAGAAGAGUGUGAUUGUGGGGAAGUGGAGGAGUGCUCAAGUCCCUGUUGUAAUGCCAACAACUGCACGCUGAAGAUUGGAGCGGAGUGCGCACAUGGAGUUUGCUGUCAUGAGUGCAAGGUGAAUCCCUGCCAGACUCAUCUCACGCUCUUUCUCUACAACCUUUCCUGUGGUGCUGCAUCAGGAAAACU